AUGAGUGGGGAACGGUAUUUAACAGCAUCAUCGGUUAUCCUAUUAACGGAUGGACUGUUAAACGUUUUUGAAACGUUACAAAAACAAGACUUUAUGCCUGAGAUCCAGUCAGUAAUAACAACCAUAAUUCAAGGCAUUAAAACAAGAUUAGGUGAUCUAGAAAGUAGUUUAUCUUUAACUUUAGCAACAUUUUUAGACCUUAGGUUUAAAAAUCUUGGAUUUUCAAAUAACCAGGUACCCGAGAGAGCAAAAAUGAAUCCCAGUGGAAUCGCACAAUCAAAAGCCAUUAUUGAAGUACAAAGGUACUUAGAAGAGCCUCCGAUUUCGAAAGAGCAAGAUACUCUAAAAUUGUGGAAAAACAACGCCUAUAACUUCCCAAAUUUAGCCGAAGUCGUUAAAACAAAAGUCGUCACUAUAGCCACAUCCGUACCCUGUUAG